CUCACUUGAUAGUCACCAUACAUUCAGUCGAUCAGAAGCGAAACGGCACUCAGAUUGUGUGUGAUUUAAAAAAAAAAAAACAAAAAACAACGACAAAAAUCACAAAAUGGCAUACUCCUGGGAUAACCGUGUUGACUUUGUUGUUCGGUAUAUGUAUGAUAUCGACAACAAUGGCUACCUGGAUCAAAAUGACUUCCAGUGCAUGGCUGUACGGGCAUGCGUUGUGGAGGGCAAAGGCGACUGCAGUGCUGCCCGCAUUGCAGAAUAUCAAAAACUUAUGAAGAACUUAUGGGAUGAAAUCUCAGAAAUCGCUGAUGAUGAUAAAGACGGUAAAAUUUCUAAUGCUGAAUUCAAGGAAGCCGUGCGAAAAACUUGCGUAGGCAAGAAAUACGAAGAAUUCCCCCAGGCAAUGAGGGCAUUUAUUGAAGCCAAUUUCAAAAUCCUUGACAUCAAUAGCGACGGUAUUGUGGGUGUUGAAGAAUACCGUUACAACUGCAUUACCAGAAUAGCUAUCGAUGACGUUGCCCCAAUCGAUAAAGCAUUCGAGUCUUUACUAAAUGACGAUGAUAGGAAACGCGGUGGCCUGUCAUUGGACCGUUACAAGGAACUGUAUGCUCAAUUCUUGGGCAACACUGCCGACAACCAUCCAGCUGUUAACUUGUUCGGGCCCUUAUAAACAAACAACUACUUAAAUAAAUAACUAAAAAAAUAUAUUUUUUUGAUUGUCUUCGCUGUUGUUCAACUAUUGUCAUUUAAGUGUCAUUCAUAAUCACUUUUACAUUGUAUCUAAAUAUUUAAUUAACUAUGGCAAAAAGUGAAUUUACGUUAUGUACCCACGCACACCGAAAAGUAUGUAGAAUCGUUAAAAACAAUACAAUAUAUGUAUAUAUGGAAAGCAUUAAAAUCUAAUUUUUUUUUGCUCUCCCAUAAAUGAAAAGAAAACCUUGACAUAUGUCUCUCUCUCUUAAUCUUAAAAAUAAUAAUGAAAUGAAAUAUUUAAGGACUUUCUAUACAGAAUAUACAUUUAUGAAAAAGAAAGAAUAUUUAUCGCAAAAAAAUAAAUAAAUAAAUAAAAUAUACAUAUAUACACGUAUAUAAUAUACAUAUAUUUUAACAUUAUUAGCACACAUUACUAUGUAUUUUAUAUAAAAUUUAUUAAAUGUUUGUAUCAAUAACGGCACA